CUGCUCUUUCUCCGCCUGGUCUGACGUGCGUGACUAUCGCUGGCCAAUUGAACCACAAACAGCACAGCGAACAUCGUUUUUUUUUCUUCUCUUUUCACUUUUCUAUUCUUGCACUUCGUACUCCGUUCUUCGCGCAUUGCGUUCAACCGCUUCACUGAGGUCUUCGGCCUGCGAUACCCACCCAGCCAUGGCCUCCUUCUCGAGAGGUCUUGGCCUCCGCCUGUCCCUCCUGGCCCCAAGAGGCCCCCUUUCUGCGACACCGCAGCCCCUCGAACCCUUUUCCCAACGCCUCUUCAGCUCCCUCGGCCCCUUGCGGCACGCCGCGAAGCCCCCCUCGAAGCCCUCCGCAUCUUCGCGCAUAGCGAAGAGCUUAUCCCGCAAUGCAGCCGUCCCGAAACCCCCGACCGCGAAGCCGACCGCCCCCGGCCCGACGACACCCCGUGCCCCCUCCUCGCCCGCCAUACCUUCUAGCGGCUCCGGCUAUGCCUUGGUUAAGCAGCUCGCGCAGCGCAGCCAGCCGACAGUGCUCUACGAGGCCGUCUCGCACUUUUGGAUGAAGCUCUCGGCGUGGUCUGCCAUGCUCAUGUUCUACUCCUACGCCGGCAUCAACUACUACACCAUGCUCCUCAACCCGCCCGAGGACAUUGCCGCCUGGGUCCCGCACGCCUUCGCCGUCAUCUGCGUCGCCAUGGCCGGCUUCGGCUCCUACUUCUUCUACAACACCCACAACAUUGUCCGCCUCGUCCGCGCCGUGCCCACCGCCCUCCUCACGCCCUCCACCCGCGGCGUGCCCUUCGGCGCCGCGCUGAACCCCAAGACGACGCCGGUCCACCUUGAGAUCACCUGCAAGCGCAUGCUCCCGGGCCGCGCCAAGGUGCUGGUCGUCCCGCCCGAGCAGGUCUCGAUGCCCGGGCGCAUCGUCGUCGCGCAGGCGGCGGCGACGGCAACGCGGACGCCGUAUCUGUCGCCAGCGCAGGAGCGCGCCGUAUCGCGGCAGAAGAAGGCCCAGGCGAAAGCCGAGUGGGAGUAUGACAAGAACCACCUCAUGACGGUGCCGUUCCGCCACGCGGGCAAGGGCUUCAAGGCCGCGUGGUACGGCGUCCGGCGGGCCAUCACCAAGGAAGGGUUCAUGAAGAUGGAGGCCGGCGGCCACAAGCUCAAGCUGGAUGUCGCGUCCGGGUGGGCGCUGGACGACGGGCGUGCGAUUGACCGGCUGGUCAAGAUUGGGACCUGAUGUUCCCUUUGGGCACGAUGGCGGUUAUGGCAACGGAGCUCGGCGCCCGUGUUUUGAGCGUAGAUGUAAGAUUACUGUACCAUGAUCAUAAAUGUCAAUCUGACAAAACUUCAUGUACUACAAUGUCAAAAAAAUACUAAAAUACUAAAAUACUAAAAUACCGUAGCGUUAGAACAAGACUUCUACGCCGGAAGCAGCUUAUACUCGCCCACUGA